GAUCGCAUUCUAGGAAGCCUUAAGGUAGCCCAAUAUCCCAUCUUCCCAUAGUAAAGAUGGAGGCACUCUGAAUGUAAACUACAGGUAAUGCCACUUCCGCAUUUCACUUGCGCCCUGGACCAAGAUGGCGGACGAGGCCACCCGGCGUGUUGUGUCUGAGAUCCCGGUGCUGAAGACUAACGCCGGACCUCGAGAUCGAGAGUUGUGGGUGCAGCGACUCAAAGAGGAGUAUCAGUCUCUUAUCCGGUAUGUGGAGAACAACAAGAAUGCGGACAAUGAUUGGUUCCGACUGGAGUCCAACAAGGAAGGGACUCGGUGGUUUGGAAAAUGCUGGUACAUCCAUGACCUCCUCAAAUAUGAGUUUGACAUCGAGUUUGACAUUCCUAUCACAUAUCCCACUACUGCUCCAGAAAUUGCAGUCCCUGAACUGGAUGGAAAAACAGCAAAGAUGUACAGGGGUGGCAAAAUAUGCCUGACCGAUCACUUUAAGCCUUUGUGGGCCAGGAACGUGCCCAAGUUUGGACUAGCUCAUCUCAUGGCUCUAGGGCUGGGUCCUUGGCUGGCAGUGGAAAUCCCCGAUCUGAUUCAGAAAGGAGUGAUUCAGCAUAAAGAGAAAUGCAACUAAUGAAGGAUGGAGCCACUGAGGCAGGACAGAGGGACCUUUGAUAGGCUACGUUCCUGUUUUCCUGUGCAUCACUCUUCUUACUCACCUAACUGCUUACCCCACACCCCUUCAGCCAUAAUUGUAGCUGCAACAGACACUGCUGAAAAAAACAACAGUACUGCUACUGAAUUUCUGAGUUGGGCUACACAGGGAGGGGAAAGACUAGGGCCUUGAAAAACAGUUUAUAUCCCUUCUCCAGGUGGAGCAGUGUAAGGUGCUGGAGGGAUGGGGGUGACUGAAAGUGGAUACAUAGUCUUUUUAGUUUCUGGAGAUAACUCAUCAAUAAAAGCUGAUUCCUCAGUG